GUUCUCUGAAGGCCGAUACAAACCAAUGAACACGUUGCACUGUAUGGUUGGGCGGGAUUCUGCAGGGACACAACGGUUGUAGGUACUGAGGGAUAAGCCAAGUUGUCCCUCCCUGUGUGAAGAUGACGAAGUUGGGCUUUCUGCGGCUGUCCUAUGAAAAACAGGACACAUUGCUGAAGUUGCUCAUCUUGUCUAUGGCUGCAAUCCUCUCUUUUUCCACCAGGCUAUUCUCUGUGUUGAGGUUUGAAAGUGUCAUCCAUGAAUUUGAUCCGUACUUUAACUACAGGACGACCCGCUUCUUGGUAGAGGAGGGGUUCUAUAACUUUCAUAACUGGUUUGAUGACCGGGCAUGGUACCCUCUGGGCAGGAUCAUCGGUGGAACUAUUUACCCAGGCCUGAUGAUCACCUCUGCCGCCCUUUACCAUGUCCUGAACUUCUUCCACAUCACUAUCGACAUCCGUAAUGUCUGUGUCUUCCUGGCUCCCCUCUUCUCCUCCUUCACUGCCAUUGUCACCUACCACUUCACCAAGGAGCUGAAGGAUGCAGGCGCAGGGCUACUUGCUGCUGCUAUGAUAGCAGUGGUACCUGGCUACAUUUCCCGUUCUGUCGCCGGCUCCUAUGAUAAUGAAGGUAUUGCAAUAUUUUGUAUGCUGCUGACCUACUACAUGUGGAUCAAGGCCGUUAAUACCGGCUCAAUCUAUUGGUCCGCCAUGUGUGCUUUGGCCUACUUUUACAUGGUGUCCUCCUGGGGUGGCUAUGUAUUCCUGAUCAACCUCAUCCCCCUCCAUGUGCUGGUCUUAAUGCUAACUGGCCGCUUCUCCCACCGUAUCUACGUUGCCUACUGCACUGUCUACUGCCUGGGAACCAUCCUCUCUAUGCAGAUCUCUUUUGUUGGCUUCCAGCCUGUGCAGUCAUCUGAGCACAUGGCAGCAUUCGGAGUGUUUGGCUUGUGUCAGAUUCAUGCCUUUGUGGAUUACCUGCGCAGCAAGCUGAAUGCCCAGCAGUUUGAGAUCCUUUUCAAGAGUGUCAUCUCCCUGGUGGGCUUUGUACUCCUCUCUGUGGGCACUGUCCUUAUGCUGACCGGGAAGAUCUCCCCCUGGACGGGUCGCUUCUACUCGCUCCUGGACCCUUCUUACGCCAAGAACAACAUCCCCAUCAUUGCCUCUGUGUCUGAGCACCAGCCCACCACUUGGUCCUCCUACUAUUUUGACCUUCAGCUGCUGGUCUUCAUGUUUCCAGUGGGACUGUAUUACUGCUUCAAUAACCUCUCUGAUGCCAGGAUCUUCAUCAUCAUGUAUGGAGUCACCAGCAUGUACUUUUCAGCAGUUAUGGUCCGUCUGAUGUUGGUUCUAGCUCCAGUAAUGUGCAUCCUGUCAGGCAUUGGUGUGUCACAGGUUCUCACCACCUACAUGAAGAACUUGGACAUCAGCCGUCCAGACAAGAAGAGCAAGAAGCAGCAGGAUGCCACGUACCCCAUCAAGAAUGAGGUUGCCAGUGGGAUGAUUCUGGUCAUGACUUUUUUCCUCAUCACCUACACCUUCCAUUCCACCUGGGUAACCAGCGAGGCGUACUCCUCUCCCUCAAUUGUCUUGUCAGCCCGUGGUGGCGAUGGUAGUCGCAUCAUUUUUGAUGACUUCCGAGAGGCCUACUACUGGCUCCGCCACAACACCCCAGAGGAUGCUAAAGUGAUGUCGUGGUGGGAUUAUGGCUAUCAGAUAACAGCCAUGGCCAAUAGAACAAUUCUAGUAGACAACAACACAUGGAACAACACACACAUCUCCAGAGUAGGCCAGGCCAUGGCGUCUACUGAAGAAAAGGCCUAUGAGAUCAUGCGGGAGUUGGAUGUCAGCUAUGUCCUCGUCAUCUUUGGUGGACUGACUGGAUACUCCUCGGACGACAUUAACAAGUUCCUCUGGAUGGUGCGUAUCGGGGGCAGCACAGACACAGGGAAGCACAUCAAAGAGCAUGACUACUACACCCCCACUGGCGAGUUCCGGGUGGAUCGUGAGGGCUCCCCUGUCUUGCUCAACUGUCUCAUGUACAAGAUGUGCUACUACCGCUUUGGCCAAGUCUACACGGAGGCCAAGCGCCCCCCUGGCUAUGAUCGUGUGAGAAACGCUGAGAUCGGCAACAAGGACUUUGAGCUUGAUGUGCUUGAGGAGGCCUACACUACAGAGCACUGGCUGGUCAGGAUAUACAAGGUGAAAGAUCUGGAUAACCGAGGCCUCUCACGGACGUAAAGCCCUCUGACCUGCCUGCGUACAUACACCCCUUUUAGCACACAGCACUGAAAGCCUUUCCAUGGGGUCGCAGACGAGUUUGAAAUGUAACUUUUUUUUUUUUUAUAUAUACUUUUUGUUUGAAAUUGCAGAAAGAGAUUUUGUUUUUGUUAAUUUUUUUUAUUUACUUAAUGUGGCGUCUCUCGUUUGGGAAUGGUAGUAGGUGGUGUUUCAUACUGUCCAGUCAAAUGUCAGGAAGUGAUUUCUGCAAUCAAUGGCCAAAAGAACGAUUGUCAGUGACCUUUUUACAAUGUGGUCACACAAUUUAAAGAGGGAUAAAUGUGGCAGAA